UGCUGCUGAAAAGUUAAGUAAAAUAAAGACUGGUAACUGACCACUGAAUUUGGCAACUGGGGAUCUUUGGUGACCUUGACUAGAACCUUGGCAAGAGCAGGUACCUCCAGAUCCUCAGUUACUCGAUGUAAACCAGGAGCCAACUGCCCCAGUUCCCACAGUGGUAUCAGUAGACAACUCUCCCCUCUUUCUGUCACCGAAGAUUCUUCUGCUCCUAUUUUUGAACUUCAGAGCCGAGGAUCCUCUGGAGUUUGUGGACACAGAGUCGAAAGGCAGAACAGAUCAGGGGAGGAUGGAACACAGACUCUUCCUGAGAACAGCAGUCAAGAAAACAGAAGCAAGGCUCGCUGCCGGUCCUGCACGUCCAUGGUCCUGAAGGCCAUCUGGGGACUCUUGAUCAUCUUGUCAGUGUCAUCGUCUUGGGUUGGAACCACACAGAUUGUAAAAAUUACUUACAAGAACUUCUACUGUCCAUUUUUCAUGACUUGGUUUUCAACAAACUGGAACAUUAUGUUUUUCCCAGUCUAUUAUUCUGGUCAUCUGGCCACUGCUCAAGAAAAGCAAUCUCCGAUGAAAAAAUUCAGGGAAUGCAGUCGGAUUUUUGGUGAAGAUGGUCUGACAUUGAAGCUCUUUCUUAAAAGAACUGCUCCCUUUUCUAUUCUAUGGACUUUGACUAAUUACCUGUAUUUACUGGCUUUAAAGAAGCUGACAGCCACGGAUGUCUCUGCUCUGUUCUGUUGUAACAAAGCCUUUGUCUUCUUGCUGUCGUGGAUCGUGCUGAAAGACAGGUUCAUGGGAGUGAGGAUAGUUGCUGCAAUCAUGGCCAUUACCGGUAUCGUCAUGAUGGCAUAUGCAGAUAAUUUCCACACAGAUUCUAUCAUAGGAGUGGCAUUUGCAGUGGGCUCAGCCUCUACAUCUGCAUUAUAUAAGGUUUUGUUCAAGAUGUUUCUUGGAAGUGCCAACUUCGGUGAAGCAGCACACUUUGUCUCCACAUUGGGUUUCUUCAAUUUGAUCUUCAUCUCUUUCACCCCGAUCAUCCUGUAUUUCACCAAGGUGGAGCACUGGUCCUCAUUUGCAGCUCUGCCAUGGGGCUAUCUCUGUGGGAUGGCCGGGCUGUGGCUGGCCUUCAAUAUCCUGGUGAAUGUCGGUGUGGUGCUGACAUACCCAAUCCUGAUCUCCAUUGGGACAGUGCUCAGCGUUCCUGGCAAUGCAGCUGUGGAUCUCCUGAAGCAGGAGGUGAUAUUCAAUGUCGUCCGCCUGGCCGCUACCAUCAUCAUCUGCAUUGGGUUUCUGCUGAUGCUGUUGCCAGAGGAGUGGGAUGAAAUUACCCUGAGAUUCAUCAACAGCCUGAAGGAAAAGAAGAGCGAGGAGCAUGUGGAGGACAUCACUGACUCCAGUAUACACCUGCGGACCAGAAGCCGGGCCAAUGGGACUGUGUCUAUACCACUGGCUUAACGCGGGACACAUUUUGGAUGCACGUGUAUGUAUAUUCUGUGAAUAUAAUAAAAUUUUCUCACUACCUGUACACUCAAAUGACGGUAUUAACUCUGAAUUUGGAUAAGUCAUACGUGAAAUAAUG